CUCGACUCGAGCUUUGAAAGCGAAGCAGCUGUUGAGGAUGAUCAACGCAGCUGGGCAGCAUCUUCUCAGGUGUUGCAGGGGGAGGAGCAGAACUGGUCGCCGGAUGUUUCUCUCCGGCAUGGCCGAUCGAUUCUUCUCCACGGCGUCGAUCGCCAAAAGGUUGGAGGGAAAGUUGGCGGUGAUCACCGGCGCGGCGAGCGGCAUCGGCGAGGCGACGGCGAAGGAGUUCGUCAGGAACGGCGCCAAGGUUAUUAUUGCCGAUAUCCAGGACGAGCUCGGCCGCGCCGUGGCGGCCGAGCUCGGGCCGGACGCCGCCGCGUACACGCACUGCGACGUCACGGUGGAGAAGGACGUCGCUGCGGCCGUCGACCUCGCCGUGGCGCGCCACGGCCGCCUCGACGUCGUCUACAGCAACGCCGGCAUCGGGGGCGCCGUGCCGCCGGCGUCGCUCGGCGCGCUCGACCUGGACGACUACGACCGCGUCAUGGCCGUCAACGCGCGGUCGAUGGUGGCGUGCCUCAAGCACGCGGCGCGCGUCAUGGUGCCCCGUCGCCGCGGCUGCAUCCUCUGUACGGCCAGCUCGACGGCGGUGCUCGGCAACCUGGGCGCGCCCGCGUACAGCAUGUCGAAGGCCGCCGUCGUCGGCAUGGUGCGGACGGUGGCGAGGCAGCUGGCGCGCGACGGCGUGCGGGUGAACGCCAUCUCGCCGCACGGCAUUCCGACGGCGCUGGCGACAAGCACCAUCUCCGAGAUGUUCCCGGCGGCGAGCGCCGAGGAGGUGAGGAGGAUGGUGACGAGGGGCAUGCAGGAGCUGGAAGGGGCGGAGCUGGAGGUGGAAGACGUCGCCAGGGCGGCCGUCUUCCUGGCGUCCGACGAGGCCAAGUUCGUCACCGGCCACAACCUCGUCGUCGACGGCGGGUUCACGGUCGGCAAGGACUUCCCCCGAAAUCCUCCGGGAUCUCCAUGAUUUCCACGACUGAUACGUUACAAUAAAAUUUUAUUAAAAUAUAUUAUUAACAUAUUAUUAAAAUAGAGUUAAUAAAAUAAUUUGAUAUAUAAGUCUUAGUUAUUUUUGCUUUUUCAAAGAAUAAUAGGUAAUUGAUGUUGAGAUAGAUGAUAUAUUUACCAUCAUCCACCGUUAUCACUGCUCCUCUUCUCUGUAUAAGAGCAUAGAUCAGCUUAUCUAAGUCUUUGUCGAUGCAUUGAAAAUUCGGCCAUGAUUGAUUUCGAUGACUGCUCCAUUGGAUCAUUUAUCACUGUCAACUGUUGCUAUCCAUAUUUUGCUUGGCCAGAGUUGAUUUUUGGUUUGUUUUUUUUUUAACCUUUGGAGAACAUGCUCGCAUGGUGCAUGCACCUGAAGAGGCAAUGACUAGUGGAGUAAUGACAUGUCUCUUAAGUCUUAU